AUGAAUCGUCUAUUGUCACUUCAAAGGGCUAGCUUUUCCUUAGUCAACCUUUAUCAGUCGUCAGUUUGUAAAGGAAGUAUCUUUGAUCCGAAUUGUUCACAAAAUCGGGUUUUAAAACCAACUAUACGCUGGAAAUCUAAAGGGGGACAUGUGAAAAACGUUAAAAAACUUUGUCGAAAUGAUAUCACUGCAGAAGUUUUGUCAUUUAUAAAAGAGGAUAAAAUGAACAAAGAAUUCCAAAAUGUCUUGUCACGUUUUCAAAACUUUAUAGUCCAGCGUUUGAGUUUAAGAAUGACUCCACAGACAUUUUUCGAUAUUAUGCUUCCUGAACUAAAUGUAAAACUUGGUCAAGUGGCGAAUAUUAUCCUGCAAAAUAAUAUGAAUCAAAACAUGACCUCAAAAGAUUCUCAUAACAAAGCAAAUUUAGGGAAUCAAUAUCUUCUCGUCGAUCUUACCGGCAGACCUGAACUUUUUGUUUCUGCUCGAAAGGCAGUAAUUGCCUUUUUAGAUCCAUGUAAAGACGGUUCUGGGGAAAGCAGAGUUCAAACAGUUAGUCAAUGUGCAUUUACCAUACAAUUAAAUACUGUUAUUACCAAGGAAUCUCGUCAAAGAGCCCUGGCUCAAGGACAUGAAUUAUUACAUCAGACAAUUCAUGAAAUGGAUAAAAUUUGUCAUGCUCAUAAUAAAUUAUUAAAUUCCAAAGAAGCUAAAGAAAAAUUAAGUGAAGAUGAUCUAUUCAUGGCUCGUGAAUAUCUACGCACAGUUGUUAAGGAACAACAUAAAUUAGCUGAAUCAAUGUGGAAUCCGAAAAAAAUUGAAUUAGAAGGUGAAAAGUGA